AUGGCAUUCGCACGCAGAUUAGCUAUCAUGCCUGGCGGUCUGGGCGGCCUUGGAUCAAGCAUUGGCCAAAAGCUAAGACAACAAAGUGCCCGUCUCGCCAUCCUCUAUGCACCUUUCGAAGCUGCACGUCGCGAUGAGCUUCUCGAAUCCGGCUACGGUGCGAACGGCAACCUGGACGACAUCCACACCUAUGAAUGCGACAUCACCUCACCAGACUCCGUGCAGGCGACCUUCAAUUCUCUAGAGAAAGAAAUAGUUGACCCAAUGUCAUCCUCUCCAUCCGACAGAGCCUUCCCAAGUAUCCUGAUCAACACAGCCGGAUACGUAUCUCUCAGCGAUAUGGAGAUAACACCCCCCGAAGAAACGCUGAAGCAUCUGACCGUUAACCUCUACGGCCCGAUGCUCUGCUCUCAAGCGUUUGCUCGACUCUAUUUCGCCGCCUCGAAGGCUGCCGAAUCAUCGCCGAGUCCCUCACCACCGGGAAGAAUCGUUAGCAUUUCAUCUCAGGCGGCACAUGCCGCGCUGCAUCGGCAUAGCGCGUAUUGUGCUUCGAAAGCCGGGCUCUUGGGUCUGACGCGCAGUAUGGCGUCUGAGUGGGGUGGUCGGGGUAUCACGGCUAAUACUGUGUCUCCGACUGUGGCGUGGACGGAUCUUGGGAAGAAGGCUUGGGGGGAGGCGCAUGUUCGCGAUGCCUUCUUGGCCAAUAUACCGACGGGCAAGUUUGCGCUUCCGGAGGAGGUUGCUGAUUCUGUGUUGUUUCUUUGUAAGGUAUAUUUUUUCGACUUGGUGGGCUAUGUGUCCGGUUCUGACUGUUUGUGA